ACUUUUUUAAAAAAUGUCGCAGGGGCGAAGGAAAUUCGUGGCCGGUAUAAAAAGACGGGCAACUCACUCACCAUGGAUCAGAGGCUCUCCAGCGUUUGUUCUUGUGUAAGACAUUGUAGCAGAGAAAUGAAAAUGAUUCCGGCAGUGAUUCUGAUUUGUAUCGCAACGACGGUGACAUCUGCACCGACUAGCCAGUACACGAUUAACGUUGAUGGGCCGGAAGGUCGUCAUGUACAGAUGGGCGAACCCGGCAAAGCUGUCUCCGGCUUUUACACCUCCCGGAGUUUAGACGGCCUGAUGGAAUACAAAACAAAUUACGAGGCUGACGACAAAGGUUAUCGUGCAACGGGUGAUCAUUUACCUGUCGCCGCUGUCCUUCCGGCAGUUCGUUCGUUGGAUUCCGCACCGGAAGGCUACGUUUUCAAAUACGAAGCUCCUGGAGGUCACAGCCACUACAUGAUGGGCCAACCUGGCAAAUCUGUCCAAGGAUCAUUCACAUACGUUGAUGCUGAGGGAAGAUCACAACGCGUCGACUACGAAGCCGACGAGAAAGGCUACCGAGUCCUGCCCAUCAAAGAAGAGGAAACACCCAUUGCAAUUGCCUCCGUAAGUGCUGACGCUGAAGUCGUCAAAGCGGCCGAGCCAGUCAUCCCAGUUGAGGCCGAACCGAUUCCAGAGAUUGUAGCCGAACCUAUCACCCAAGUUGUUGCUGAACCGGUCGUCGCUGCACCUGUCCCAGAAGCUGUUGCCGAACCUGUCGUAGUGGCCGCUGCUGCUGAUCCCGCCCCAAAACCUGUAGUAGUUGAAGAUCCAUCGAGUCGAACAAUCCUUGUGACGGAAGAGAAACCCGUUGAAAUGAUGUACUACCAAAAGGACACGGGAGCCGCCGAAGCAGCUACUCGAACCAUCUCAGAAGAGGAAAAACCAGCUGUCAUGAUGUAUUAUCCAAAGGACGCUGAAGUCGCCAAAGAGGCCGAACCGGCGACGCGAACGAUCCCAGAAGAAGAAAAACCAGCUUACAUGAUGUACUACAUCAAAGACGCCGGAGACGUCGAAGUAGCCGAACCUGCCAGUCGAACGAUCCCAGAAGAACAGCCAGCAGCCAUGAUGUACUAUCCUAAAGAAGCUGAGGUGGCCAAAGAAGCCGAACCUGCCAGUCGAACAAUCCCAGAGGAACAACCAGCCGCCAUGAUGUACUAUCCCAAAGAUGCUGAAGUUGCUGAACCGUCCAGUAGAACGAUUCAAGGCGCUUCCGAAGCAGUUGCUGAACCGGCUCCCGCUGUCGAAACAGUCGCAAGUGAUUCUGCACCUGCCCAGCCGGUUGCUGAAUCCACUCAAUCAAAUACCCAAGGAAAAGCGGUCUACGCCCUGCCUAUCGCCCUACCCGGUGCAACUUAUUACGGCCUUCCAGCCAGAUUCGUCCAGCCAGCCUUGCCCGCAUUUCAUUACGCUGCGCCCUACGCUUACGCUUACGGCUACAACGUUGGUUAUCCUCUGACAGGAGGAAGCUACGUUUACGCUCAUUAAUGAACUCGAUUGGUCCACACCUCCAUUCUGAACGCGAUCGCUCUGUUAUCAUUCUGUCAUCACCUACCCAAUUGAUUUGUCUUUUAUUACACUGCUUCAUUCUCA